CCAUAUCAGUUAUCAAGUGUCAGGUACAUCAGCGUUAGUGUUAUUAAUUUGAUUUCACAUAAAGUACAAAAUUUACAAAGCAACAUGUUUGCUGUCCUUAAACGAUUUGUUAUUAUUGUUUCUUGUACUCUACCAGCAACUCAAGGACGAGUAGGAUUUGGUCCCAAUGAACAAGAUUGGGGAUAUGUUACGGUCAGAGAAAAAGCCCACAUGUUUUGGUGGCUGCAUUAUACUACAGCAACUGAAGAUUAUGUUCAAAGACCGUUAGUUAUUUGGCUGCAAGGAGGACCAGGAGGAUCUUCUACGGGCAUCGGCAACUUCCAGGAAAUUGGGCCAUGGGAUGAAGCUCAAAACAUAAGGAAUUACAGCUGGAUAAAUUACUUGAACGUUCUAUUCGUUGACAAUCCUGUAGGAACUGGAUAUAGUUUCGUAGAAGAUGUGAAUGACUCAUCUCUUUUUGCUGGUGACAACGAAGCAAUUAGUGAUGACUUUUUAGUUUUUCUCAAAGGAUUCUUUACCCAAAAACCAGAAUUUGAAGCAGUUCCCCUCUACAUAUAUGGACAGUCCUAUGGUGGAAAAAUGACUGUGGAUAUUGCACUCAAGCUUCACCAAGAAUUUAUGGCUGCAAGAAUUAAUUGCAAUUUUAAAGGAAUCGGUCUCGGCGAUGCAUGGGUUUCGCCGAUAAGCUCACUCACUAGCUGGCCACCAUAUUUGUUGAACUUGGGCUUUAUCGAUCCUGAAAAUUACGAGUUAUUAAAGAUAGUGACCGAUGUGGCGGAAACAGAGAUUGAUAAAAACGAGUUUCAACUAGCAAGUGCAUACUUUCAAGCUACCCAGGUAGUUAUCAAUGGGAUGACUAGUGUCAACUAUUACAAUGUUUUGAAGCCUGUGGAAGCCAAAAAUGUAAAGCAAAAUCAAAAUUCAUGGCUUAGAAAUACAACAAUGGCCGGGCAGAUUAUUAGAGAUAUCCUGCACAUCGAAAUAAACGACGUCAACUUACAAGACGACUUAACAAGGGAAGACGUUGAUGGAAACCUUUCUGAGCUGAUGAACGGACCAGUCCGAAAGUCUUUAGAACUGAAAGAUAUACCCAUACAAUGGGGCGAGCAAAGUGAAGCAGUAUUUCAAGCCGUCAAAAUGGACUUCAUGAAGCCAGUAACUGAGAGUGUAGAACGACUUUUAAAUGAAACAGCACUGGAAAUUACAGUCUACAAUGGCCAGUUGGAUUUAAUUGCAAGUACACCAGGAACCAUAAGUUGGAUAAACAAAUUGCAAUGGAGUGGAGCUGAUGGAUAUAAACAGUCAGCUCGUCUUCCUAUAAUUGUGAAAGGCGUAAAUGAGGGAUAUUAUAAAAGCUACAAAAAUUUUCGCUUUUUUUGGAUCAAUAGAGCUGGACACGCUGUACCAACAGAUAACCCGCAUACGAUGGACCACAUUUUGAGAGGGACUGUUGAUGUUACAUAAAUAAAUGGAUCUGAUUAGAUAAUAGUUGACUAGUUAUGGGUAAUCUUAAUUAUACAUUAUAUUCAUCUAUUUAUUAUCAAUAGACUGUCACAUUAAAAGAAUUAAUCACUUUUGCAAUAAUUACAUUCUCUUAAGAAAG